AACAAUUUAUUCAAUUAUUUCUUUUUUUUUGUAUCUUAAAUUUAAGUUAAUGUAAAUAUUACAUCAAGAGCGAGAGAAAGCUAAGAGCGUUGUUCUGACUGUUGCGCUAUUAAACAAAUACCUCGUAAUAUUGCAUUGAUAACGGCAUUGACCGAGCAACAUGCCAUCGAACAACAUCAAAAGUUUGCGCCAGCUAACGCCGGAAGAAUGCAAAGAAUUUCUAAAUUCUUUUGAUUGCAUUUUUAGCGACUGUGACGGAGUUCUGUGGACGGUUACUGGUCACCCGAUACCCGGUGUCUUUGAAGCCUUGCAAAAGCUGAAAUCCAGGGGUAAGCUGGUGAAAUUUGUAUCUAACAACAGUGUACGAUCCAAUGACGAAUAUUUAGCGAGAAUUGCAAAAUAUGGCAUGACCAAUGUUAAGGAGAGUGACAUUAUCCAUCCGGUCAAAUCAAUGAUUUGGUAUAUGAAACAAAACAAACCCAAUGCUGUGGUAUAUCCCCUUCUCGGUAAGGCUGGUAUAGAUUUACUUGUCGAGCAUGGAUUUGAUGUUGUUGACUUGGAUUAUGAUACCAGCACAUGUGCUUCCAUGGGUAAUUUUGUCUUGAAAUAUGGACUUGUCAAAGUUGACUAUGUCCUGGCUGAUGUCAAUACUUCGUGGGGAUAUAUACACAUGGUGAAGGCAGUGGAAUAUUUAAAAGAUUCCAAUUGUCAGCUAUUAUUUGGAGCAAUGGAUCAAGUAAUUCCCUUGGAUGCAAGUCACUCCAUGCCGGGUUAUAUAGAUUUCUAUAAUUUCCUUUUAAAAUAUUCAAAUAAACAGCCAAUUGUUUUGGGUAAACCCUCUUUGCUGCUGGCGGAUAUUCUUAAGGAACGUUUCAAUAUAACUCAGGCCAAUCGUUGUCUAUUUAUUGGCGAUUCUUUGAAAAUGGAUAUCAAUUUUGGAAAAAAUGUUGGCUUCCAGACUCUGUUCGUUUUGAGUGGUGGCAAUACCAAGGAGGAUAUGUUAAACGCACCCGAAUGCAAUACACCAGAUUAUUAUGCCGAAAGUGUGAGAGAUUUCAUGGACAUUUUGGGUGAAUGAAUUCUGAAGAUGAAUCCAAUAGAAAAAUGUAAAUAGAUUUUUGUAAUAAAUAAAAUUUGAUUAAAAAAAACAGCAUUGCCUUUGGAUGGGCUAGGUUCAGCUAAA